CUAAGGGGGCAAGAAUGGUUACACUAAUUUAAGCAGCUCUGGCAGCAGCAUGCCUUUGAAAUACGUUUAGGGAUGGCUUGUCAUGCGUAAUAAAACUACUUUUGCACUGAAGUUGUCCACUGGGCUUAAUAAGGUAAGGUUUUGAAAAAUGGCAACUCUGUCAUGUUAGUAGUACCACUACAGAAUGGAGUCGCCGCAGCCCAAACGCAGAAAAGGUAUGGAUGAGGGUGUCGAUUCGUGGGAGGUUCAUCCCGUGCUUUCUGAUGAACAGUCCCACGACAUCAAGUUAGUGGAGGCAUUCGCAGCACCAAUUAUCGACAAAAAAGCGACAUCACGCCUCAUCAAAAAUCUCACCACGACCUACCCACUCCCAGAUCUCCAGCAUAUCAAAAGGGUAAGAGCAUGCAAGAGUGACAAGCAUCCACAUCCUCUCGAAGUCAUUGUAUGUCUGGUUGACGAUGCUCCACCAGAUGUUAAAAACUCCAAGGAAGGGUCUCUGGCCUCCUUGUUGUUCUCCGAGUCAUUCGACAGCAGUGGACUGGGGGAACCUUUCAUUGUGAAAAUACCAUCCAGUGCUCCUUUGACGCGACCCCAGUUUGAGCGAGCCAGUGCACACUGGCCCACAUCGUUCCACGAGGAUAAGCAGAUCACAGCUGCCCUGAGAGGACAACUCUUCACUGCCGCCCAAAAGGCCAAGAUGCAUAAGUACAUGAUGGCCGCCAUCAGAGCUGCUAAAGCGGGUCAGGAACGGGGCAUGGUCCCAGUGGGGGCUGUGAUGGUGGAUCCAGCAUCUGAUCAAAUACUGGCCACGGCUCACGAUUGCACCCGGGGCAGUCACCCUCUGCAUCAUGUCGUGAUGGUCUGUAUUGACCUAGUGGCACAUGGACAAGGUGGAGGGGCCCAUAACUUUGAUCCAUUCCCAGCCUGUCAGUUCACAGUCCCUGAUGGACAACUAGGAGAAGACGCCUCAGACUCAGUUGCUCAGGGGCCAGCUGAUGGGUCAGUCCCAGAGCAGAGGGGUCAGCCAUAUAUAUGCACCGGGUACGACCUGUACGUGACCCGAGAGCCAUGCGUCAUGUGCGCCAUGGCCUUGCUUCACUCCAGGAUCGGCCGUGUGUUCUAUGGGACGACCUCUCGGGAUGGUGCAUUGGGGACGAGGUACAAGAUCCAUGCGCAGAAAGAGCUGAAUCACCACUUUGAGGUGUACCGGGGAGUCGCACAGCAUCUUUGUGAACACCUCGCAGAAGAGUUUAAUUGA